AUUCCUAGCAUUUAUGCAUUUGCUCUCUUAAUGUCUUGUGCUAACAAUUGUUCUUUUUGUAGGCAUGGCUUCAUCCGGUUCCAGGACGAGGCCACCGUGCGCGGACCAAGAGGACAUGCCGAAGACGUGGUUGGAGGCCAGUUUGGACAAGAAGAAGGAGAAGGAUGUGCCCACACCACCAUGUUGGUGUGGUGAUGUUUGCAAGCUGAAGGUGUCCACUGACCGCAACAAGUCAUGGACAGAAGGUAGAAGGUUUUUCGUGUGUCCCAACUAUGCACAUGAUCGUCGAAGGCCAACUAACGCAUAUGACAUACCACCGUCCCCUCCUCCACUUUGCAAGUACUUCACUUGGAUAGAUCACGAGGUACCAAAAGAUAUCCAAGAGGACCAACGUGCAGAUUGGUUACGGAGGCAGCGCCUAUUCGAGGAGUCCUAUGCACGGGGAUUGGAGCGGGAGCGUCGUGAGAAGGAGGCUCGUGAGCGCAAGAAGCGUGAGCAAGAGAGGGCACACAAAGAGAAGGCGGCUCGUCAAGAAGAGAGGGCAAGCAAACUUGCAAGGGCUCGCGAUGCACGAGAGGAGGACGAGGCACGUGACAAGAAGGGAAAGUGGCCCCGGACUACUCAGUAG